GUUUUCUAUUUCAUUCCGUGCGCUAUCGACUGCGUUUCGCUAAGGUAGUUUCGAGCAAGAACUAGCAGAACGAGAAGAGACCAACAUCACCCUCUAAUUGGAUUCGCUUGUACGAAAAGCGGCUGAAGCAUGUUUCUGUUGGGACGCCGCCUGCUAACUGGACCGCGCGGUGCUGCCGUCGGCGCUACCGUCGGGCUGCUCGGCACGGCAAUGGUUGCCAUCAACUUGCUCUCCUCACCGGCCGGCGUUGCUGCCUGCUCGGCGGCGCAGCCACCGGUUGCCGGUGCGGACGGGAAGGUGGCCUCCUCCGUGUACGACUUUACCGCGAACGACAUCGACGGGAAGCCGGUGCAGCUCGGCCAGUACCGGGGCAAGGUGCUGAUCAUCGUAAACGUGGCGUCCAACUGUGGCUACACCGACGGGCACUACAAGGAGUUCAACCAGCUGUACAAGGAGUACGAGGCGAAGGGAUUGCGCAUUUUGGCGUUCCCGUGCAACCAGUUCGGCGGUCAGGAGCCGGGCACGAACGCCGAGAUCAAGCAGUUCGCGGUCGGCCGGGGCGCCAAGUACGACCUGUUCGCGAAGGUGGACGUGAACGGGGACGAGGCGCACCCGCUGUGGCAGUAUCUGAAGCAGCGCCAGGGCGGCACGCUGGUCGAUGCGAUCAAGUGGAACUUCACCAAGUUCCUGGUCGACCGGAACGGGCAGCCGGUGGGACGCUACGGACCCACCACCAGCCCGCUCGAGAUGCGCAACGAGCUGGAGAAGUACCUCAACCAGUAAAGCCGCGUGUAGCCCCGUGUCCAGUCCAGCACAGGGACAUGUUUCCCGGCUAGGCUGCAUUAGGCAUCGUUUGUAGCGCCAAUUGCAUACGGUCAGGCGACUGCUGUGCAACGUGUGCUAGCAAUGCGACGAUUAGUUUGAAGUUCGAGACUAUCCCGGGCUGUCGAAAGGGCACGGAGACUCGCUACACCGGAGCAAUUUAGAGAAGCAAUGACACCUCGGUACGCGUACCUUGCUUGUACUGCUUGUUUUUUUUUUUAUUUACUCGAAUAAAUGUUCCAAUGCAUUUCGCUAACAGUA